AUGGAAGGGGGGGGGGGUUGCAAAAUUUUCAAGGACACGUUGAAUGCACCUUCACUGACGGCCAUCGACGAGUUCAAUGACCUCUCUGGUGCUCUCGAUUUGGGACAAAUACACGCUAGAAGUGGUCCCUAUCCCAGACGAAGUCAAUGUGUGAGCUCGGACGCAGGCAGGCUGUAUGACCGACUGGGUGGCUAUGCUGACCAGCGGUCGGAUCGAGUGGCCAACAGCCAACUCAAACGCGAACGUAAGCAACGUGCUCAGAAGAAUUGGCUUCACAUUAGCGAGCGUAAUACUUGGCAGUAUAGCCAGGAGCAAUAUCGUAAGGAUAAGCGAGACCGUCAGGACCGCAGAGAUCAGGAAAAGAUAGACAAACAACGAUCGUAUGCUCGAUCGCGCUCACCACUGCCGUUGCACUCUGCUUCAUUGGGCGCGCCUAAGGCAAUUACGGACCAGAAGCACCAGUAUUCGGCGUCAGGAGUGGCACCGGCACCUAGGAACCUAAGAAGGAGUACACUGCUUACUACGGCUGUAACAAGCAAGCGCAUUCUCUCAAUGAGUACCCGGAUAGGAAGAAGACAGCAGCAACAGUUACCCCUUCGACGACAAAGCUCCCCUUUUGACGGGGUCCGAUGGUCCAGGGUUUUGAGAACGUAUGGGACUAUUGGUACAUAUGGAUGUUAG